UUCCUCGCAUGCACCACCGCGGUCCCUACCGCAUUUCCUCUCCUCACUCAAAUUCUUAUGCCCUGCCUCCUUCCAUUCCGUCACCAUUCUCAUUCUGCUUCUCUCUCCCCCCCCCCCCUCUCCUCUCCCCUUCCCCUCCACCAUGGCUUCCUCCCCAGCAUCCAAGAACCCAUUUUCGAACCUGGUGACGGAUCUGCCUAAGGCAUCCGGAGGCAGUUAUGGCCAGUACUACAGCCUUGUUAAACUGAACGAUCCUAGAGUUGAUGAACUGCCGUACUCUAUUAGAUAUUUGUUGGAAUCGGCGAUUCGCAACUGCGAUAAUUUCCAGGUUCUGGAAGCUGAUGUUGAGAAGAUUUUGGACUGGAAGGUGACUGCUCCUAAGCAAGUCGAAAUUCCGUUCAAGCCUGCACGAGUUAUUCUCCAGGACUUCACUGGAGUACCCGCCGUAGUUGAUCUUGCAGCUAUGCGUGAUGCUAUUGAGCGCUUAGGUGGCGAUCCUGACAAGAUCAAUCCUCUGGUACCUGUGGAUCUUGUCAUCGAUCAUUCAGUGCAGGUUGAUGUUGCCCGUUCUCCCAACGCCCUUCAGGCUAACAUGGAGUUGGAGUUCAGUCGCAACAAGGAACGGUUUGGUUUUCUGAAGUGGGGAGCUACAGCUUUCAAGAACAUGCUUGUGGUUCCUCCAGGCUCUGGGAUCGUGCACCAGGUCAACCUGGAGUAUCUGGCCCGAGUUGUAUUUAACAGCAACGGCAUCCUCUAUCCCGACACUCUUGUGGGGACAGAUUCGCACACCACUAUGAUUGAUGGUCUCGGUGUAGCGGGUUGGGGAGUUGGGGGAAUCGAAGCCGAAGCAGCCAUGCUUGGUCAGCCCAUGAGCAUGGUUCUGCCUGGUGUUGUGGGAUUCAAGCUGAACGGCAAGCUACGCACUGGAGUGACAGCCACCGAUCUUGUGUUGACUGUAACUCAAAUGCUGAGGAAAUUUGGCGUGGUUGGGAAGUUUGUGGAGUUUUAUGGGAAGGGGAUGUCAGAGCUAACCCUGGCCGAUAGGGCAACGAUCGCAAACAUGUCUCCGGAGUACGGUGCCACCAUGGGUUUCUUUCCAGUUGAUCGUGUUACACUCGAUUAUUUAAGAAUGACCGGACGAGAUGAGGAGAGGGUCGAAGAGAUUGAAGCUUAUCUGCGGGCGAACAACUUGUUCGUUGACCAUGAGAAGAAAGACAACACAUACUCAGGCCACUUGGAGUUAGAUCUUGACACUGUCGAGCCAUGUAUUUCUGGCCCAAAAAGGCCGCACGAUCGCGUCACUCUGAAGGAUAUGAAACAGGAUUGGCAAGCCUGUCUGGACAACAAGGUUGGAUUCAAGGGAUUUGCUAUUCCCAAAGAACAACAAGACAAGGUGGUAAAAUUCACGUAUGAAGGGAAGCCUGCGGAGUUGAGGCACGGCAGCGUGGUCAUUGCCGCCAUCACAAGUUGUACCAAUACAUCCAACCCCAGUGUUAUGCUUGGUGCUGGUCUCGUUGCAAAGAAAGCGACUGAACUUGGACUAGAGGUCAAGCCAUGGGUUAAGACCAGUCUGGCACCAGGUUCGGGGGUAGUUACGAAGUACCUUCACGAAAGCGGCUUGAACAAGUAUCUCGAUCAGCAAGGUUUUAGUGUGGUGGGUUAUGGUUGCACGACUUGCAUUGGCAACUCUGGCGAUCUUCAUGAAGAUGUUUCUGAAGCCAUUGCAGCUAAUGAUGUGGUUGCUGCUGCUGUGCUGUCUGGUAACCGAAAUUUUGAGGGGCGUGUUCAUCCCUUGACUCGUGCCAACUACCUCGCCUCGCCACCUUUGGUUGUGGCCUAUGCAUUUGCUGGAACGGUGAACAUUGAUUUCGAAACGGAGCCUAUUGGAUUGGGCAAGGACGGGAAGAAUGUCUUUUUGAGAGAUAUCUGGCCCUCUAGCGAUGAGGUUGCGGAGGUUGUCGCAAAUGCCGUCUUACCGGACAUGUUUCGAUCAACGUACAAAGCUAUUACAGAAGGCAAUACGAUGUGGAACAAGUUGGAGGCUCCUGCAGGAUCUCAAUACGCAUGGGACCCAAAAUCGACUUACGUGCACGAUCCUCCAUUUUUCAAGACCAUGACGAAGGAUCCACCUGGUGGUCGGAGUGUCAAGGAUGCAUACUGCCUUCUGAAUUUCGGAGAUAGUAUCACCACGGAUCAUAUUUCUCCAGCUGGUAACAUCAACAAAGACAGUCCUGCUGCGAGGUACCUCAUGGAACGUGGAGUUGAUCGAAGGGAUUUUAACUCUUAUGGAAGUAGACGUGGCAAUGAUGAAAUAAUGGGUAGAGGGACAUUUGCCAACAUUCGGAUUGUCAACAAAUUCCUGAAAGGCGAAGUUGGGCCAAAGACUCUGCAUGUUCCAACACAGGAGAAAAUGUUCAUUUACGAUGCUGCGCAGAAAUACAAGGCAGAGGGUCACGAUACAAUCAUCCUCGCAGGAGCGGAGUACGGCAGUGGUAGUUCUCGAGACUGGGCUGCGAAGGGUCCCUAUCUGCAGGGUGUCAAAGCCGUAAUUGCGAAGAGUUUUGAGCGCAUUCAUCGUAGCAACUUGGUUGGUAUGGGGCUGAUUCCUCUAUGCUUCCGGAACGGCGAGGAUGCUGAUUCUCUGGGUUUGACUGGUUUUGAGAGGUACACCAUAGAUAUGCCUGAUUUGAAGGAUGUCAAACCUGGCAUGGACAUUACCGUAAGGGCUGACGACAGAGAAUUUACUUGUGUGCUGCGCUUCGAUACCCAAGUUGAGCUGACCUACUUUGAACAUGGGGGAAUCCUGCAGUAUGUGUUGCGCCAGCUGCUAAAUAAUUAAAUGAAUAUCUAGAUGUAGAAUUUAAUAGGCUUCUCAUCUUGUAGGAAAAGCCUUUCACUACAAGGGUUUUCAGUCUGAAUCAGCUGUUUUGCACAUUUAAACAAGUAAAGACUAUUUUCCAAUAAGCA